UUUUUUUCAGUGGAACCCAUGCUUUAGAUGUAGCGAUCCAUUAAGGUUCAAACCCUAGUAUUUAGAGUCUUGGAAGUGAUCACAAGAGGGAGCUGUUGAAUAAUCACAGUGCGUUUCAGGAAAAAAGUGACCAUCCCCAGUAAGGGCCAAUUAGAGGGGACAGAGUAUUUCUGGUUACUUAUUCGUAAUUUAAAGUAAACCACUUGCCUGUCAAGCAAUGUUUACGUCAGUCACUGUCUUAUAGCUGGUACAAUGUAGGAGGGACCAGGUUUCGGGAAAUGAUACGCUGCACUAUAUAACCUCCUUCACUGCCCUGUGUAUCCAUUAAACGCCCGUCGAUCUGAAAGGAAGAUCCUGUUGCAGCUGAUAGAGAGCGUCUGCGCAGUAGCAGUGGGCAGUCAGCAGCAGCAGUGGUGACUGUUCGCGCGGGGGAGCUCUGUGCGGAGGAUCAUGCUCUCGGACCGCGACAAGAAGCCACCAUGGUAGGGAAAAGACUCCGGAUAGAUGUGAACAACGCGACAGACAUCCACGAAAACCUGCCAUCGAUGUGAAACUGGUGAAUAGGAGCUUAGCGCAUUGACGGCACCCAACGGAACCAGUAGAAGUGUCGAACCAUUUCAUUGCUUUUUCUCGCCCACCAGAGCACUUGCUCGAGGAAUCCUACGCUGACACGCUAUCCACUUCUCUACCACAUCGGCUGCACACAAAAUUGGAAUAGGCUACAUGAUGAAGUUUAAGCCCAACCAGACUAGGACGUACGAUGGCGAGGGCUUUAAAAAGCGAGCAGCCUGCUUGUGUUUUAAAAACGAACGGGAGGAUGAGGUGCUACUUGUGAGUAGUAGUCGACACCCAGACCAGUGGAUUGUUCCGGGUGGAGGAAUGGAACCUGAGGAGGAGCCCUGUGGAGCUGCUGUACGUGAGGUGUACGAAGAGGCAGGAGUGAGAGGCACCCUGGGAAGACUUCUGGGGGUGUUUGAGCAGAACCAGGACAGCAAACACAGGACAUAUGUUUAUGUCCUCACUGUGACCGAGACACUAGAAGACUGGGAAGACUCCGUCAAUAUUGGCCGCAAGAGGAAGUGGUUCAAGAUUGAUGAGGCGAUUCGCGUGCUGCAGUGCCACAAGCCUGUCCACGCAGAGUACCUCCGCCAUCUCACCGCUAACUGCAGCCCCUCCAACGGCAACACCCAGGAGACCGUCACUCCUGAUGACAACGCUCCCCACCAUGUUGCUCCCUCACAGGACUGCAGCCAGACCCACGUCCACAGAUAGGACCGCCACAAAGGGUGGGAGGGUUGCCAAAACAAACAAUACUACAGGAACACUCUGCUGCAGACUGAACAAAGAGACUUUUCACUUUUUACCUGCAUGAUGGGCUUCUUCGUUUACUAUUUUAAGCUUUAUUUUUUUUUAAACUUCAAGAAACCAAAGGAAAUACUAACUAAUAGAGUUUAAGAAUGCCUUCAGUGGGCCUCUGGGUAGCCUUGUCUGUGACUUAGGGGUCUAUAUUGUUGUACUUACAGAUUUUUUACAAUCAUCUCCAGCCAAACAAAGUCAAGAUGUUGAGGAUAUGGUCUAUGUGUGAUACUCAGACCGGGCUUCAUUGCUUUGGUACCUUUUAAAUGAAAUGGAAUUGCUGCAGUAUGGACAUAAUACAAGCUGUAUUUAUAUUCUUUUGGGCACUGGUGAAUUUCUACAGUGACUUUCUGUCUUGGUUUCAUGACCAGAUACAGUAGACCAGUGUGCCACCGUAGGGCUUUAGUGGAUUGUAUUACAAUGGAAUAGAAUGGAAGUUUGGGGGAAAUGGCAAAGUUUGAUGGUUAAAAUUGUAUAGCUGUUUGGAAUGCCUACUGUUUGUCAGUGAAUACUGUUGGAGUGUGAGUAAAGUGUUAGAUUUUGCCAUAUAAGUUACAUUUGAUCUGACAGUCUGUAAUGCACGUGAAAAAAUAAAAUGCUAGUAGUUUUUUUUUACAUUUUACCUCAUAAAGUAUUUUAAAGCUGCUGUAGGCCGAAGCAAUGUUGGCAUUUUUUGCAAACCUUUACCAGACUUGGCCAAUGUAUAGGUCUGCUCCCUUCAAUGUGCAAUGCAUACAAAAUAACUGGCAGGCUUUGUAUUGAUGUCACAAUGUUACACCAGCUCCUAUACUCCUUAAUCAGCUACACUAGCAAAGAACUAUGGUGACUUAUCUUGAAUUAGACCACAUAAGGACAAGCCAAUAAAAAUAUACAUUUCCACCAUGACAGGAAAUACUGUGUCUAAAAGGCUGCUGUUAAAGGGCCUUGAAAUUCACAAGCAACAUCAUGUCAUAUCAGGUAAAAGCCUCAACGAGUCUUUAAGGGAGGUCUGCAUACCCUCCACCAGACUUUGUACCCUCAGGACUUCAUACCUCAGUUCAAUGUAUGCCCGAUACACAAAAUAAUUAGGAGACAGGGAUGUCUUACUGGUCUGUACAGUCACACAAUGUCAACAUUUCAGUUGGUGGCUCUAAAGCCAACAGCUGUCCCAAACCUCUGCAUUUUCUACUUAAAUCCGCUUGUUUUAAGUAUUGCAAAAUGUUGCCAUUACAGCUUUAACUCAAUGUAGAAAAUAUGAGACAUAUUAUAGUCCCACAAUAUGGUCUUAAGUUGAUUAAUUCACUCUCACCAGGUGCUGGGUUAGGUUUAUCUACUUCUUUUCUCUGGGAUAUGGUCAUUGGGAGAAUGAUGGAACAGUAGUGUUCAUUACAGCUGGGUAAAAGCAAGGUUUUUUUUUUCUUGAGAAAGAAAAACAAUAUGAAGAAAUGUGCUAAAUAAUUCACGAUGACACAAAACAGUGGAACAUGAAACCAUCUAUUGUCAUUUUAGUCUUAGAAUACCAUGACUUUACCAUAUUUGUGGUAGCAUGCACAAAAUCCACGCAUUCAUUCAAUUUCGACAACUUUGUCGCUCUUAGCUUUUAAGUGCAAUGUUAAAUUGCAUAAUAUUAAAAUAUCUGUACUAAACCGUUGGCUGCCAUCCUGUUAGUCUCCAUGGGCAUGAACUAGCCUAAUGCUUUAUACCAGAAAUAAUUGGUUUCUUUCACUAACAUUGCCAGUGACUGUAUAAUGCAAAAUAAUUUUUAAUGUACAAUAAAGAUGUAUUUGUAUUAUUUCAUUACA